CUUGUCCAUCACAAUGCGAUUCACGAUGCCGCUUCCUCUUCAGAAGGUUUGCAUGAGAGUCUCUUACGUCUGAAGGAGAAGCGUCUAUUCUUCGAUCCGAUGACCACCCCAAUCGACGCGCCGGACUUCGACAAAGGUGACCAAAGAGGUCCUUGUCCUGGACUGAAUGCGCUUGCCAACCAUGGAUACAUAUCUCGUGAUGGUAUCGUUGGUGUAUGUCAUUCCGAUGCGCGCCUACUCCAAAACCGAUCACUGACAACUCACAAAACAGNNUUCUUCGAAGUCAUCACUGCCGUCAAUCAAGUAUACGGUAUGGGUAUUGACCUGAUCACCGUCCUUACAGUCAUGGGUACCGUGGGCGUUGGCAACNCCCUGUCCUUGAAUCCCGGCUUCUCUAUCGGCGGCAAGAGUAAAAAGGCAAACAAUCUCCUCGGCAACCUCUUUGGACUACUCGGUACGCCUCGGGGUCUAAAUGGCUCUCACAACUGGAUCGAAUCCGACUCGUCGAACACGCGUGAUGACUUGUACGUAACUGGUGAUGCAUCAACCAUGAACAUGACCCUCUUCUUGGAAGCCUACAACUCCUCGGACGACUUUGUUCUCUCCAUGGACGAUAUUGGCGCUCGUGCCGCAAAGCGAUUCCAAGAAAGUAUCUCGAUCAACCCAAACUUUUACUACGGCCCUUACACUGGCAUGAUUGCCCGCAACUCUGGUUAUGCCUUUACUGGCCGCAUCUUGAGUAACCACACCAAGGAAAACCCUAUGGGAGGUCACUUGAAUGUCUUUGCCAGUUUCUACGCCGUCUACGAAGAAAACGGUAAACUCGUCUACCGCAAAGGCCACGAGCAAAUCCCCGCGGACUGGUACAGAAGACCGAUGGACUACGGUCUCGUUGAACUCAACCUCGAUCUCGUAGCCUGGUUCCUCAAAUACCCAAUCCUCGCCAGCAUCGGCGGAAACCUCGGAACAGUAGACAGUUUUGCUGGUCUGGACCUCGAAGAUAUUACUGGAGGCGUCUUGAACGCUGUAUCACUGCUGGAAGACAACAAUCUCGUUUGCUUUGUGCUUGAGAUUGUAAAGACAUUUGCGCCAGACUCGCUGUCGUCGCUGUUCAAGACUCUGGCGGUGCCGUUGAAGCUUGUGAAUGAUGCUAUCUUGGACCCAUUGCUGAGUCUCAAUUGCCCUGCGUUCAAGGACAUGGGUAUGGAUGGGACUGAUCUUCUUACUGGUCUUCUUAACAAGUACCCUGGCGCGGGCAAGAGUGGUGUUGCGUUCUAG